CUCAACCUAUUUCAACCAUAGAGAAAACCAGGUUCAGUUCUGUUGUCCCAUAAUAACCCUAACCCAACCCUUCUCAUGAUAUAGCCAAACUGAAAUAACCCAAAACCCUUAACAAGGGUUCAAACAACAUGUCCAUGGAUCCUACCAAGAAGCCUAACAAGAUCAGAGACAUAGUGAGGCUUCAACAGAUUCUUAAGAAAUGGAGAAGGGUUGCAAACUCUUCAAAAACAAGUAGAAGUAACAGUAACAACAGCAACAACACCGGCAGAAGCAUCAAAUUUCUCAAAAGAACACUUUCUCUGUCUGAACGUGAGGGAGGAGGAUCGAGCAGUGUUGUUCCCAAGGGCUACGUUGCUGUUUGUGUUGGCUUGGACCUUAGCAGGUUCGUUAUACCAACCGAGUAUUUGGGUCACCAAGCCUUUCACAUGUUACUCAGAGAAGCUGAGGAAGAGUUUGGGUUUGAACAAACUGGGGUUCUCAGAAUCCCUUGUGAAGUGUCUGUGUUCGAGAGUAUCUUGAAGAUUGUGGAGAGAAAGGACAAGUUUUUCACUCAGAAAUGCAGGUUUAGCAUUGAGAAAAUGAUGGGAUAUUGUUCCUCCAACAACCUUGCUUAUUCUCAUCACCCUCCAAGUCCAAUGUGCAGAUAGUUUAGGAUUUUGACAAUUUUAUACAUUUUUUCUUUUCUUUUCUUCUUUGUGGAAGCUCAUCCAUGUAAGAGAGGGUUAGAGUGAAUUCCAACAAAUUCAUCAGUUACAACUGAGAUAACCCUCUAAGCAAAGAAUACAACUUUCAUUGUCCAAAUCAUGUAUCUCAAGAAAUUUUGGACUCGUGAUGAUAAGACAAAAAGCUUUCACAGAUGACAAAUCUGAGUACUACUUACUAAUUUUUUAUUAUGGAAUAGAAAGUUUUGUUAUUUUACAUUUCA